AUGGUUUCUAGAAGUAGUGGCUGCCUGCUUUGUGUGCAACGUCGAGUGAAGGUUGGUGCUUCUCCCUCUUUGCUGCCGCCAGACCUAGUUGUGCAGGCACUUACUGCUAGUCAAUUCCAGUGUGAUGAGAGACAUCCUGGCUGCCUGAGAUGCGAAACAUAUGGGCAGACCUGUCCUGGAUAUUGGAGGGGUUUCAAAUUUGUAGCAGGGAAGCCUUAUCGCUCUCGACGCCAACCAAAAGUAUCCAACCUGCAAGCGGACAGGCAGCGCGACGCAGACUCCACGACGGAUAGCAAUUCUAGCAAUCAAGAGACUUCAGCUAUCGAGAGAGUCCAACAAUACUCACUUGGAGUUGGAAAUCUCAAUGUACUGCAAUGCCUGGACAUUCUUACUUAUGAGAUCUCCCAGCCAUUUGCCUCGUCAUCGGGGUAUGUGGUGUCUCGGUGGCUCACGUUUCUACCUGGUAUGUAUGGACAGAAUAAAACAUUAGAUGCUACCGUGAGAACGUUUGUUGCGCAUCAUAUUGGCAGCAUAACUCGUAACCAGGAAGCUGUGCGUUAUGCUAGGUGCUCUUAUCAAGAAGCUCUUCGCAAGCUCCGGCACUCUCUGAAUCAUCGCUCGGAAUGCCUUUCUUCCGAGAUAUACUGCUCAGUAUUGCUUUUAUGUCUAUACGAGCUUUUUGCAAACCCCCUCGAAGGAGAUUCAUGGAUAAAGCAUGCAAAAGGUCUUAGUCAGUUGACAGAAGCUCGUGGACCAUCCCGCUACAAGACCGAACUUGAUAACGUUUUACUCAAAAGCUCUCGUGGCCUGAUUGUUAUGUACGCGCUUUUUGGAGGAGAAAAAUGCAUCCUUACCUCAGAUGAAUGGCAUACUGUAAUGAGGCAACAGUACAACCCUGGCCUGUCAUCUGGUCUGGAUACUCUCGUGGAGCAAUUUUUUGCCUACUUUACUCGUUCCCCGGCCCUUAUACACAAGCUCUUCGAUCUUAGAGAGGCAGAUAUAACCAAUCCAGCCACCUUAAUGAAGGUGUCGGAAAUUCUGACUGAGGCGCUCGAUAUGCAGAACAAGCUUAGUGUUUGGUACGAUGAGUUUUCUUGCACCGUCCCUAUUCCCCAAGAGAUUAUCUCGUCCACCGACGAUCCUGUGUAUCCGAUUGUCUUCUCCUAUUCGGACGUUAAUAGCGCCACCAUUUUCUGUGGCUAUUAUUCUUACAUGGUACUCAUCCACGAGAUCUUAAAGACCUGUGGCUACCCUGGCGAACACGCAGCCGUGGUUGUCUUUUUUCGGGACCAAAUUUGCAAGUCUGUGGAAUACACGGCUCAAGGACUCCUGGGUCCGUAUCGAAUGGGGUUUCCGUUAAGAGUGGCCUACGAAGUUGCAGAUCCGGUCACUAGGGCGUGGAUCGACGAGUGUUUGAAAAGGUUUUCGACAUUCUAUGCGAUAUUACACCCGGGAGCUUUUUAA